AUGGAACGCGUGCUGCCUUGCACCAUUCGCCCAAACAGGGCUUCUGAAUUGUUGGCUUUGGCCGAAGAAGAGCAUGGAGGCAGUGUCCGCGGUGUGGUCUCAAAGCUGGUCGAGCUGAGUCGCAGGCACUGCAUCCGGAAAUGUCGCGAGCAAUGCAAACACGACAGGGCCAUCGUUUGUAAAGGUCGCAAGGGUUUUGGUCUGGCCCUCUUUGUCUUCACCUACGACCAACGGAUCCCCACGAGUUUAUGGGACGCCUACACCGUGCUGUGUCGUGGACUGACGGUGGUCCUGCGCUUACCUGAGCACUUGAAGUCUUUGGAGGACGGCGCCUCGUUGGACCUGGGCCUUCUGGAUGUGGCCGCGGAGGAUCCCACGGCGCCGUUGGAGGUGGUCGAGUGUAUGCCCAAGUUCUUCGAAAGCGACCCAGCGACAGUUCAAGGGCUCAAAAGUUUCAGUCCCGACGACCUACAACUGGAGGCGGUCUUGGAAAAGGUGGAUGGCUCCUUGGGGUUGCUGCAUCCUGCCCGAGAUCCUGAGACUUUGGAAAUCAUCGACGGGCACCUUGGACGCUAA